AUUUAUUUUAUAUAUCUUGAAAGUUUUUUUCAUUCUCUGCAAAAAAGAAAACGAAGACCCUGAUGUCUCAAACAAGCAAAUUGGAUAUUAAUAACAAUUAUUAUGACUGAAGAUGCCAAUGGUAUUUUACGGAUGUGACAUGAAGUUUUAUUAAGAUCUAUCUAUCUAUCUAUCUAUCUAUCUACCUUCUUAUCAACUUAUCUAACUGUCUGUCUGUCUGUCUGUCUCUCUCUCUCUCUCUCUCUCUCCCUAUCUAUCUAUUUGACAGUCUGUCUGUCUGUCCCACCUCUGUCUCUUUACUAGAUAUUUCUAAAAACAAAAAAAAAAACAAAAUUCACGAUGGCCAUUUUGGCAUACCUCAUCUUCAUGUAUAUAUUACUCUCUUCAAUCUCUGAAACCCAUGGGCUUUUUGAUGUUCGACCUUUUCUUAUUAUGAAGAGGCCGAUUUGGAAAACCAACAGACAUUCCAAACAAAACAAAACCAUUGAACAUACAACUCCUUUAACUCAAAAACCUACAAGGGCUACUACAAAUGUACCAAGAAGACCAACCACUCUUUCUCCAGGUUUAAAACUCAAGUACAACUACCAGGAGAUUCUCCUCAAAUCCAUGCUGUUCUAUGAAGCCCAGAGAUCUGGAUAUUUACCUCACAACCGUAGAAUACGAUGGAGAGGUCACUCAGCAUUAAAUGACAGAAGUGAAUUCGGUGAAGACUUGACCGGUGGCUGGUACGAUGCUGGAGACCAUGUGAAAUUUGGGUUUACCAUGGCAAGUGCUACCACCAUAUUGUUAUGGGGCCUUGUUGAAUUCCGAGAGGCCUAUGAAAAAACUGGUCUAAUAAAAGACAUGUUGGAUUGUGUGAGAUGGCCUUUAGAUUACUUCUUGAAAGCACAUACUAUGAAAUAUGAGUUCUAUGUACAGGUUGGCAAUCCUUACAUUGACCACAGUUAUUGGACAAGAGCCGAAGAUAUGACCAUGGAGAGACCAGCUUUCAAGGUUACAAAGGAGAAUCCAGGAAGUGAUGUCGUAGCCGAGACAGCAGCAGCAUUAGCAGCCGGAGCUAUGGUCUUCAAUAGAACUGAUAGACUAUACUCCACCCAGCUGCUGCAACAUGCUAUUCAAUUGUUUGAAUUUGCAGAUGAAUACCGGAAAAAGUAUAGCGACAGUGUUCCAAUUGUCAGAGAAUUCUACCCUUCUUCGGGUUACCAAGAUGAACUGACAUGGGCUGCCAUUUGGCUGUAUCGUGCUACAGGGAUGAAAAAGUACUUACAUUAUGCUGAGAGAAACUAUAGAGGUGGCUGGGUUUGGUCGUUUUCUUGGGAUGAAAAGGAAAUUGGUUCCAUGGUUUUGCUCUACAAUUUAACCAGGAAGGCAAAAUACAAACGGGAUUUGACUCAGAUUUUACAAGAUUGGUUACCUGGUGGUACUCUGCCCUACACGCCGAAAGGUUUGGUGUAUAGGUCAUCAUGGGGAGUGCUCAGGUAUGCAGGAAACAUGGCAUUUAUUGCUCUUCUGGCUGCUGAAUCUGGCUUAAAUUCAACAGUCUAUCGGUACUGGGCUCUUCAGCAAAUCCACUACAUUCUGGGAGACAGUGGCAGAAGUUAUGUUGUAGGGGCUGGUCACAACCCACCAACGAGACCACAUCAUGCUGGAAGUUCGUGUAAGGUGUCUGGCCCUUGCUCAUGGGAUGAUUUUGAGAGUAAGGGUGCCAACCCCAUCGUACUGUAUGGUGCUGUGGUUGGAGGUCCCAAUAUAAACGACAGUUACACUGACGAUCGUUCAGAUUUCAUCCAUAACGAAGUGACAUGUGAUUACAAUGCUGGUUUCCAUUCUGCAGUAUCAGGUCUAAAUUAUUUAUUUUCAAGAGGAAUGUUAAGAGAAGGAAAGCUUUGAAUACUGAUCAACUUCGAUAUAACUCAAGCACGCGGAAAACUUGUACUUCAAGUGAAGGUCAGCUUAUUGUACUUGUUAUUAACGAAAACAGAAAUAUUUUGGGGCAUAUCUCUGGAUAUAUGUAACUUUUGGGGUAAAAUUUCAAAUUUUUAACAUGUCUUAAAUUAUUGUGUAAUGUGUCUGUCUCCUUCACAAUUUUUAUUUAACUUUAUUACGCUUAAUUCAUAUUUCCUAAUACCUUUGUAUAUGUUUGUUUUAUUGUAAACAUAAAUGGGCUUUGUUGGCAAUAAAU